AUGAGACAUAAAUAUGAGUUAAUCAUCGCUUCAAAUGACAGACCAGUUGUCCAUUCAUUGCAUAAUAAAAAUCUCACUUUUUAUGUGUUUCUAUUGCUUUCACUGAUUGUCAUCUCAUUUGUGAUCUAUUUGUGUAACUAUUAUGACAUCAAACACACCACUCAUCAGCCAUUCCUCCACAGAUACGGACCACUCGUGAGAUACAAAUCGCAAUACUUUGUGAAUCCGAAGCUCUGGAACACCGAAAGGGAUGACAAUUCAGACGACGUCCCGAAUGAAGUCAUCUCCAGAUCCGAUAUGUUUGACAUGACUGCCGACGAUGUGAUGGUAUUCCUCCAGAUCCACAACACCGGCGGAAACGUAUUCCUAAACCAUAUCAUCAAUGACUUGAUUGUCGACAAUCCGUGCAAUUGUGAGUCCAAUCGCCGCAAACGGUGUCAGUGUUUGCGACCCAACCGUCACAACAGUCAGUGGCUCUUCAGUCGCCUUACGGUCGGAACCAAAUGCGGAAUCCAUCCGGACUUCAAUGAAUUGAUCCAUUGCUGCGAUCGAGUGCUCGACGAACUCGAAGGCGAUUCCGUCAAAAGGCGUUACUUUUAUAUAACGCUAUUAAGAGAUCCGAUCACACGAUUCAUCAGUGAAUACAAUCACUUCAGAGGCCAAGAAGCGAACGGUAAGGCAUCGCGCCAUUGGUGUGGCGGUCGGGAAGUGAUGCAAAUGCCUGAAUGCGACUUCAGGGCCGACGUUACCAUCGAUGAGUUCAUGGACUGCGAGGACAACUUAGCGAUCAAUAGGCAGACAAGAAUGCUCUCGGAUUCAGCACUGGUUGGCUGUUAUAACCGGUCGUAUAUGCCAUCAGAAGAGCGACAUAUCGUUCAGUUGAGAAGCGCUGAAAACAAUUUGCAUAAAAUGGCAUUCUUUGGUCUCAACGAAUUCCCCCGAAUAUCGCAACACCUCUUCGAAGAGACCUUUGAUCUCGUCUUUCUGGACGCCGACACUCACGGCCUCCACCGCUACCGGCGAUCGCUUUUGGAUGAGUUCAGCGCUAAGACGAUCGACAAAAUCAAACGAAUCAAUAGUUUGGACAUAAAGUUAUAUGAAUUCGCGAAACAAUUACUCUUUGAAAGGUUCGCCAAACUUAAGAAUAAGAACUCCAAACUCCGGGAUCAAAGUGUGAGCUCUUUGGCCAACGAUAACACCGAUAUCACCAAUUGGGGCGAUAGUGAAGACAAAUUAAACUCAUGA